AUGGGCGAUGAUAACUAUGACUAUCGCUUUUACUAUCAUGUCAGUAUGCUUUUAAUGCCUCCUGUCUUUUCCAGCGGUGCAGAGAAGGCUGAUAACAAUACUCCUCUCUAUAGAGCAUAUAUCCUGGUCAUUGUCAGCGUUGUCCUUGUGGAGUGUAACGGCGCAUCUAUCACAGGUAUCCGUAUGGCCGCAGCUUCCUCGUGGUUUUCAUGGCUCGGGCUUUUGUUUCUUUAUGGCCUCGUGAUGGUACCAGUUUGCAGGCAAUUACACCAAGCUGCCGGGUGUGCCAUCGCCAAGAUAGUAUCUAUUGCACACCUAGGGGUUAUGACUGUUCUCAGCAUCAUUAUUGUUGCUUUUCUCGCUGUUUUGUCUUCGGCGACGGAGACUGCCAUUUCCGAAACCGUUGAUGUGGAGAUAUAUUCUUUAGCAGACGCUAACCGAGGGUUGUUGAUUACGUUUGACGUCCUUGCUUUGAUUGGCAUGAUCAUGGCUUCCGUCAGUAUGUGUCUUGCCACGACGCGCACUGAAAGGUUCCAGAAAGGAAGCCUAGCUCUCUGGAUAGGGCUUCUCAUCGGUGGAUGCCUCGCUACCUCGUCGUUUAACUUGGGCGGCGACAUCAGUCGCCUUUUUACCAUUAGUACCCACCGAAACACAGCAUCUCGCCUCCUCUCCACAGUUUUUGUUGGUAGUUUCUUUUACGCGUGGCUAUUCGCUUGUGUCCUCCUUGUCGUCACAAGCCCCGCACUAGUCGCCGCCAGGGCGGAAGUAAACGCACGUACUACCGAUGGUACUUCUGCUCCUGCUGCAGAUGCUUCUUCGGCACCUGAUUUCGAGUCAAAAGAUUCAUAUUCACCACCUGCAGACCAAAAAGCCCCCCAAAGUUAUCUGCAGCAGCAACAGCAGUCUGCUCCACCGCCACCCCAGACACACCACUAA